CGUGCACGGUAGGUGAUGUGGUCGAUCGAGGCAGUGAUCGCCAGGCACGAAGCCAGCGCGAGCGAGCGCGUCGUCAUGGAGGAGAGCACCGAGGCCGCGGCGACGGCGAGCGGCGUGGCGCCUGGAGCCGGAGGCGGGGAGGCCACUCGGUCGCCGGCCGCGACGAUGAAGGUGGUGGUGGCCGUGGACGCGAGCGAGGAGAGCCUGCACGCGCUGUCGUGGGCGCUCGACCACGUCGUCCGGCUCCACCCCGGCGCGUCCGUCGUCGUCGUCCACGCCCAGCACCGCGUCGACCGCUCCGCCUAUGCAGGCCUGGCCUACGUCCCGCCCACGGCGAUGGACGCCAUGAGGAGGACGCAGGCGGAGAACACCAGGAAGGUGGUGUCCCGCGCGCUGGACGUCUGCAAGCAGAAGCAGGCGAGCGCCACGGCGGUGUUGGUGGUGGGCGACGCCAAGGAGGCCAUCUGCCAGGCCGUGGAGGACAUGCGCGCCGACCUCCUCGUCCUCGGCAGCCGCGGCCUCGGCAUGGUCAGGAGAGCGUUGCUGGGCAGCGUGAGCGACUACUUCGCCAAUCACGCGCGCUGUCCCGUUCUCAUCGUCAAGCCGCCCAACAAAGCGGGUCCUAAGUGAAACUUGACCUCUGCUUCUGUCAACUAGUACUAGUAGUUCUGAUGUUUCUGUAAUAACGUCUGAAGUUCCUCCUGUUUAAAGGAUGCUAUCCUGUGUGGUGUAGUGAAACUAGGGAGUGAACUGUUGUAUGGCUGCAACCGACUUGUUGACAGGUUUAAUCUGUUGGAUUAUGGAUGGGCUUAGGCCCAUAUAAGACACUAA